AACAAAAUCGUAUACAAACCACUAAAAAAACACAACUGAUUCGUUACCAUGAUGCGCCUUAAGGAACUUGAGCUAGAUCAGGUCGAAGAGCGGGCGAAGGAGGAAGUUCGCUCCGCAUUCAUCGUAUUUGGUGUUAUCUGUGCUACAAUUCGAUUGGUUCCCAUUUUGCUACGCAGAUUGACUUCAUAGAUUGACACAUUUGCUUUACAACAAAUCUGGAAAAUUGAUGUGCGCCUGGAAAUUAGCUUUGACUAUAUAUAAAUAAAAUACUUCUUUGGAUC